AUGCCCGCGACUUUGACAGACUCGGCCUGUAACGGCGUCCGUAGAAGGGUCCAGGUCAUGCUAGAGACUCAUUCUUUAGAAAGUGUCCCUAUUACUGUUGAAGUGAGCCCUGAGGCCGAACCCUCCGGGAGUUCCCUCCCCCUCCACCCACAGAAGGGCCCUGACAGCCCUGGGCCAGGCCGCCUCGUGGGCACAGAGAGCUGUGUUGGCGUAGAAGAGGAGGAGGCCCCAGACAUCGACAUAUACCACUGCCCAAACUGCGAGAAAACCCAUGGGAAGUCUACUUUGAAGAAGAAGCGGACCUGGCACAAACACAGCCUGGGGCAGACGCCUGACGUGAAACCCGUGCAGAACGGCAGCCAGCUCUUCAUCAAGGAGCUACGGAGUCGGACCUUUCCCAGUGCGGAAGAUGUUGUGGCCCGCGUGCCAGGCAGCCAACUCACACUGGGCUACAUGGAGGAGCACGGCUUCACGGAGCCCAUUCUCGUCCCCAAGAAAGACGGGCUGGGCCUGGCAGUCCCGGCCCCCACCUUCUAUGUCAGCGAUGUCGAGAACUACGUGGGCCCAGAGCGGAGCGUGGACGUGACAGAUGUCACCAAGCAGAAGGACUGCAAGAUGAAACUGAAGGAGUUUGUGGACUAUUACUACAGCACCAGCCGCAGGCGGGUCCUCAGCCUCACCAGCCUCGAGUUCUCAGACACCAGAAUGUCCAGCUUCGUGGAGCCGCCUGAUAUUGUGAAGAAACUGUCCUGGGUAGAAAACUACUGGCCUGAUGACGCGUUGCUGGCCAAGCCCAAGGUGACUAAGUACUGCCUGAUCUGUGUGAAGGACAGCUACACGGACUUCCACAUCGACUCCGGGGGCGCCUCUGCUUGGUACCACGUGCUCAAGGGGGAGAAGAUCUUCUAUCUCAUCAAGCCGGCUUCGGCCAACAUCUCCCUGUAUGAGCGCUGGCAGUCGGCCUCAAACCACAGUGAGAUGUUCUUUGCCGACCAGGUAGACAAAUGCUACAAGUGCACCCUCAAGCAGGGCCAGACGCUCUUCAUCCCCUCUGGCUGGAUUUAUGCCACACUCACGCCCGUGGACUGCCUGGCCUUCGCGGGACAUUUCCUCCACAGCCUGAGUGUGGAGAUGCAGAUGAGAGCAUACGAAGUGGAAAGAAGGUUGAAACUGGGCAGCCUGACUCAGUUUCCCAACUUUGAAACUGCCUGCUGGUACAUGGGAAAGCACCUGCUGGAGGCUUUCAAAGGUUCUCACAAAUCCGGGAAGCAGCUGCCCCCUCAUUUAGUUCAAGGAGCUAAAAUUCUCAAUGGUGCUUUCAGAUCAUGGACAAAAAAGCAGGCUUUGGCAGAGCAUGAAGAUGAACUCCCAGAGCACUUCAAACCCUCGCAGCUCAUCAAAGACCUUGCCAAAGAGAUCCGGCUCAGUGAGAAUGCCUCCAAGGCUGCCAGACCAGAAGUGACUUCUGCGAUCUCCUCGAAUGAGGUCUGUUUUGGGGACCGAGAGAAGGAGGAACCUCCAUCCCCCAUUGAAGCCAGCCCUCCUCGCUCCUUCCUGGAGAAAGUGUCCAAAAAAAAGACUUCCAAAACCAUGAAGAUACCCAAGCCAUCCAAAGUCCCCAAGCCCCCCAAACCUCCCAAGCCCCCAAAGCCCCCCAAAUCCCUGAAGCUCAAGGAUGGGGGCAAGAAGAAAGGGAAGAAGUGUAGGGGGUCAGCCUCGCCCACCAUCCCCAACCUGGACCUGUUGGAGGCCCACACCAAGGAGGCACUGACCAAGAUCGAGCCGCCUAAGAAGGGCAAGGCCACAAAGAGCGUCCUGAGUGUGCCCAACAAGGAGGCAAUCAGCACACAGAACGAUGUGGAGAGGCUGGAAAUCCGAGAGCAAACUAAGAGCAAGUCAGAGGCCAAGUGGAAGUACAAGAACAGCAAACCCGACUCCCUGCUGAAGAUGGAGGAAGAGCAGAAGUUGGAGAAGCCUCCUACAUCAGGGAACAAGGACACCAAAUUCUUAUUUUCCUUCUCCAACAAGAAACUUCUGGGCUCCAAGGCCCUCAAGCCGCAGCCGAGCCCAGGGGUGUUUGGGGCCUUGCAGAACUUCAAGGAGGACAAGCCCCAGCCCGUCCGGGACGAGUAUGAGUACGUGUCGGAUGACGGGGAGCUCAAGAUUGAUGAGUUUCCCAUCAGGAGGAAGAAGAAUGCCCCGAAGAGAGACCUGUCCUUCUUACUGGACAGGAAGGAGCCGCUGCCCACACCUGUUACGAAGCCAAAGCUGGACUCGGCGCUCUACAAGCCGAGCGACGACUCCUCCUCGGAUGAGGGCUCCCUGCGAAUCGACACGGACACCAAGCCCACCCGCAACGCCAAAGUGAAGAAGGACGGCGGGGGCUCGGCCGCGGGCAUCCUGGACCUGCUGCAGGCCAGUGAGGAGGUGGGCGCGCUUGACUACAAUCCCAACAGGGAUGCCCUGGACCUUUGCCAGGAGAAGGCUGGCUGGGAGCCCUUUCCUGGAGGCCCCAUGCCCCUUUGGGUGCCUUUUUCUGAGGAGAACUGUGGCGAGCCAACACCUCAGUACCCGGGUGGCACUCUGACCUGGAGAGAAGCCCUAGACACCCUGGGCUCCUGCAAGGUCCAGGGAGAGACCCGGGUUGAGGAAGAUGGGCUGGUGCCCAGGACUCGCUUGGAGCUGGGAACACAGUCACCCAGCACACAGAAAGCCAUUCAGGGAAAGCUGUCCAUGGCCAAGCAGGCCUCGGACUCCUGCCUACAGACCGCGUGGGGCGCCGGCCAGGCCAAGGGCAGCUCGCUGGCGGCCCACGGCGCCCGGAAGAACGGGGCGGGCGGCAAGAGCGCAGGCAAGCGGCUGCUGAAGAGGGCGGCCAAGCACAGCGUGGACCUGGACGACUAUGAGGAGCAGGACCACCUGGACGCCUGCUUCAAGGACUCGGACUAUGUGUACCCCUCCCUGGAGUCUGACGAGGACAGCCCCGUCUUCAAGUCCCGGUCCAAGAAGAGGAAAGCCUCAGACGACGCUCCCUACAGCCCAACAGCGAGGGUCGGCCCCUCGGUGCCGAGGCAGGACAGGCCUGUUCGAGAGGGGACCAGAGUGGCCUCCAUCGAGACCGGGCUGGCGGCCGCUGCAGCCAAGCUGUCCCAGCAGGAGGAGCAGAAAAGCAGGAAGAAAAAGAACUCCAAGAGGAAGCUGACGCCCAAUACCACCUCCACCUCCACCUCUGCCUCCACCACCUCGGCCAGCACCACCUCGGCCUCCACCACCUCGGCCUCCACCACCCCGGCCUCCGCCACCCCUGCCUCCACCAGCACGGCCUCCACCAGCACCGCCAGCAGCCAGGCCUCGCAGGAGGGCAGCUCGCCCGAGAUCCCACCUGAGGCGCACAGCAGCAGCCUGGCCGACCACGAGUACACGGUGGCCGGCACCUUCAGCGGGGCCCAGGCAAGCCGUGCCUCUCAGCCCAUGGCCCCCGGGGUCUUCCUCACACAGAGGCGGCCCUCCGCGUCGUCCCCCAACAACACCGCUGCCAAAGGAAAACGUACAAAAAAGGGCAUGGCCACCGCCAAGCAGAGGCUUGGGAAAAUUUUGAAAAUUCAUCGGAAUGGAAAACUGCUCCUUUAAAGUUUGGAGAGCCAGGAUCCUUCUGCUCCGCUCAGGACCCGGAGCCCCGCUACAUCAUCAGCCCCAGGAGGGUGGCCGCGCUGCCGCGCCCCGGGAGGCCUGGCUUCCUCCCAGCCUCUACUCCCCACACCUGAGCAAGCGCCUGUGCUUCAGCAGGCGGAGCUCGCCAAUACCGACAGCUGUCCUUUUUCACGUUGCUUAGAGUGACCAGUUCCCGAAACUCGGCCCCGCCAGCGUGAGGACCGUUCCGGUUUCAGGACGGCCUCUAGGCGCCCCGAGCGCGGGGGUGGUUGCAGGGCCUCUGCGGCUCUGCUGGGAGCAUGAGUCCUUCGAGGAAGGAGGAGUGAGCCAACAUUCACCAGGCCCAGAGCCUGAGCCAGCCACAGGCUGGUAGCCUCCAGAGGCUUAAAAAAAGGCAAAGAACACUAGAGAGGAAGAGGAGGAGAAAGCAGGGUGUUAAUGUGCCCCCAUCUCUUCCCAAGUGAUUCUCCGACAUGUCCAGCGAGCGUUCAUUCUGGCCAGGAGAGGGGGGCCUCCAGGCUCCCGGCCGGCAGGUGGCGGGCCAGAUGGUGGCGUCGCCCCUGAAUGCCCAGGGCAUUUCUAGGAACGACGGGCCGGCUGCAGGGUCAGUGUGUUCAUGGGUAGGGGAGCCACCGUGGGAUCCCCAGCCCUGAUGCAGGCCCAGGGGCCCAGGCAAAGCCACAUAGUGGGUCCUGUCCAGUCCCACUGUCCACACUCCCAAAAGCACUUGCCAGCCAAGGCACCUGCCCCGGGCCUGGCGGGGCAGAUGGCGGCCGGCCGAGCGGCCCAAGGUUGCCGGGGGCCUGGCACUUCUGUCUUGUCACCUGUCACUUGGUGUCGAGUGCAUGGGUGGCUCCUGGACCGCGAGUCCACCCAUGGACACGGAGGGGCUGGAUUUGUUUCUCAGGCAAUCCUGUAUUUUAAUUUUAGAUGUAUUUCCUGAAGCAUAUUUUUCAUAGAAUGUAGCGUGUAAAUAGCUUUUUAAAUAACUUCUUUUUUAUAAGAGUAAAAGUAUCUUUAGGAAUUUCUUUGUAGAGUCCUUCAUUAACAUUUAUACGAGUUUUUUGCUGAGUCUGACGAACAGUUGGGUUUCCGAUGCUUUUUCUUUUCCUUCCUUUUUUUUUUUAUUGCUAUGGUUAUUUUUUUAUUUUAUUUUAGGGACUAAGGUAUUGCCUGAAAAACAAGUGAUGUCUGUGCAGCCUUAUAUCUGUCUUUACAGAAGCGAACAGUACACAAAAGAUCUAUUUCAGAUUUGUUUGAAGAUGAGUCUUCAACUCGAAUACCAGCUUUCUUUCCUUCUUGUUGAUGAAGGGGUGGGGGACAGUUAUUUUACUAGCACCUUGUGAAGUGUUCUGUGUUUUGUGAUGCUGUAAUUUAUUAAUGUUUGUAGCUUUUUAUAUUUGUAUAUUUCUUAUGAGCUUUGUUUAUAUGCCCAUCCCUGGGUAUUCUGUCCACACGGAGAGGCAGCUUCGUGCAGGCCUUGCCCCUGGCUCGCCUGUCGGAGACGUGGCCGCCGAGCCUGGGGAUGGGCAAGGCCACGCUCAUGGACCCGACGACUCCAGCCCAGCGUUUUGAAGGUUUCCUUGCCUGUUAUUGUUGAACAUUUAUAUAAUCUAACCCGGCCAUCAAACUGUUCUCUCUCUCUCUCUUAUUUUUUAAUUUUAUUAUUAUUUUGGCAACAUGUACAUUUCUAACAAAGUUUAUCGUGGCUAUUAAAGUGUUUUAUUUCCCAAUUCAUAUUACUCUUGUAUUGAGUCCAUGAGGUCUAAGGCAACUUAAAUCAAAGUUUUAAAAGAGUAAAGAUAUUUCAGGUUUUGUACAGAA